AUGGCUACCGUCACUCUCACCGGCGUCAAAGGCCGCCAGAUCCAAGUCCCCACCACCCUCUUCAUCAACAAUGAAUUCACCCCGGCCUCCACCACCGAGACCCUGACCAUCGAGAACCCCUCCAAUGGCACCCCACUCGCAACCGUCUCCUCCGCCAGCCCAGCGGACGUCGACCGCGCCGUGCACUGCGCCACACAAGCCCUCCCCGCAUGGAAAGCCACCCCGGGCGCCAUCCGCGGCGCCCUCCUGCACAAACUCGCCGAUCUGAUCGAGCGCGACGCAGAGGACUUGGCAUCCCUUGAAGCCCUGGAGGGCGGGCUCCUCUACACCGACAGCAUGAACAUGAGCAUGCCCCAAUCCAUCUCCACCCUCCGCUACUAUGCCGGCUGGGCCGACAAGAUCGACGGCAAGACGCUGCAUCUCCCCGACGGCGGAGUGGGGUACACCUUCCGCGAGCCAUUGGGUGUCUGUGCCGCCAUUGUCCCCUGGAAUGCGCCUUUAAUGAUAACAAUCUGGAAACUCGCCCCGGCCCUCGCAACAGGAAACUGCCUGAUCAUCAAACCCUCCGAACUGACCCCCCUCUCAGCACUAAAGCUCGCCCUCUUAAUCCGCGAAGCAGGCUUUCCCGCCGGCACAGUAGCCAUCCUCCCCGGCGACGGGCCUAAAGCUGGCAACGCUCUCUCCUCGCAUCCAGAUAUCCGCAAACUCUCAUUCACGGGCUCCACUGUCGCCGGCCGUGCCAUCCUGCACGCCUCGGCAUCUAGUAACUUGAAGCAGAUCUCCCUUGAGCUGGGCGGGAAAGGCCCCUCAAUCGUAUUCUCAGACUGCGAUCUAGCCAACGCGCUACUGUGGACGCGCAUUGGAAUCACAGCAAAUAACGGACAAAUCUGCGCGGCAGGGUCGAGGAUCUAUGUCCAGCGGGGCAUUUACGAUAAGUUCCUAGCAGAGUAUGCGCGGUUAUCUCGGGAGGAGAAGCCCGUGAUCGGGGAUGCGUUGGACGAGACGACGACGAAGGGACCGGUGUCUAGUGCGGCGCAGCUGCAGAAGAUAUUGGGGUAUGUGGAGGAGGGGAAGAAGAGGGGAGUGAGGGUGUUGUUCGGGGGAGAGAGGAUCGGGGAGAAGGGGUAUUUCGUGCAGAAUACGGCGUUUGCGGAUGUGGGGCAGGGAGAGAAGAUGAUGAGGGAGGAAAUUUUUGGGCCGGUUGCUUGCAUCGCUCCCUUCGACACCGAGGAGGAAGCCAUUGCGUUGGCCAAUGAUUCCGCGCACGGACUCAGCUCAGCUAUCUUCACUAACGAUGUGAACCGCGCGCAUCGCGUCACUGCGGGGAUCGAGUCCGGUCAGGUUACUGUCAACGCAUGGUCAAUGCUAGCGGCGAAUGCGCCGUUCGGGGGAGUGAAAGAGAGUGGGUUCGGACGGGAUAUGGGAGAAGAGGCGUUGGAGGGAUGGACGACGGUUAAGGUGGUUAAGUAUAAUAUUCUGCCUCCGGCGACGGCGAAGCUGUAA